AUCGCGGCGCCGGAGGAGGGCGUGCGGAAGAGCGGUGCGUCCGAAAGGCGGAGCGUCCGUGCGUCGGCGGGGGGAAGCAGAAGGGAUGCGCGAGGCGGCCCGGAGCGAGGAGAGCGCUUCAAGAAGCCGCCGGGGAACCGUCCGGGAAAGGGAGCGAGGAACCCCUUGGACUUGAGCGCGGCUCCGAAGCAGCGCGGAGAGGAGAGGAGCGAGGCGGCGUGCCAGGAGGGACGGCAGAGCCCGUGUGAGCGGCGCGGGGGAGGCGGCGACAGCAGCUCUGAUCUGGACGUCCGCCGGGGCAUCCACACGGCAGAGAGGCCGUACUGCUGUCCUCAGUGCCCGUGGAGCUUCAAAAGCAAAUCUGGCCUCGUCCGCCACCGGCGCAUCCACACGGGAGAGCGGCCCUUCAAGUGCCCCGAGUGCGGGAAGGGCUUCAAAAGCAGCUCUGAGCUCCCCUGCCACCGGCGCAUGCACACGGGAGAGCGGCCCUACAAGUGCAAGGAGUGCGGGAAGGGCUUCAAGAGCAGCUCUGCUCUCAUCUGCCACCGGCGCGUCCACACGGGAGAGCGGCCCUACAAGUGCCCCGAGUGCGGGCAGGGCUUCACAUGCAGUUCCCACCUCUACCGCCACCGCUUCAGCCACACAGGAGAAAAAGCGUUUCGCUGCCAUCAGUGCGGGAAGGGCUUCACGAGCAGCUCUGCCCUCGCCUACCACCGGCGCAUCCACACGGGAGAGACGCCGUUCAGCUGCCCCCAGUGCCCACGCAGCUUUAGGUGCAGCUCCAUGCUCAGCUCCCACCUGCUCGCCCACGCGGGAGAGCGGCCCUACAAGUGCCAGGAGUGCGGGAAGGGCUUCACGAGCAGCUCCGGCCUCUACCACCACCAGCACAUCCACACGGGAGAGCGGCCCUACAAGUGCAACGAGUGCAGGAAGAGCUUCAAAAGCAGCUCCCGUCUGGCCGAGCACCAGGGCGUUCACGCGGGAGGGGGACCCAACCGCUGUCCUCAGUGCCUGCAGAGCUUCGCCAGCAGUUCUGCCCUCGUCAUCCACCGGCGCAUCCACACCGGCGAGCGGCCCUUCAAGUGCCCCGAGUGCGGGACGGGCUUCAAGAGCAGCUCCGAGCUCACGUACCACAAGCGCAGCCACACGGGAGAGCGGCCCUUUGGGUGCCCCGAGUGCGGGAAGGCCUUCAAGAGCAGCUCUGCCCUCACCUCCCACCGGCGCAGCCACACGGGAGAGCGGCCCUACAAGUGCAACGAGUGCGGGAAGGGCUUCAAGAGCAGCUCCGACCUCAUCUACCACCAGCGCGUCCACACCGAGGAGAGACCGUUUAAGUGCCCCGAGUGCGGGAAGAGCUUCAAGGGCAGCUCUGACCUCAUUUACCACCAGAUCAUCCACACGGGAGAGCGGCCCUACAAGUGCCCCGAGU